UACAGAGGUUUAUGUCCAGUUUUGCCUUUCCUUUAUUUUGUGUGGCAGUGAACUGUGGGAGGCCAGAUGCGGACUAUAACGGAGUCGUAUAUGGUAACGACUGGUGGGUGGGCUCUGUGGUGAGGUACACCUGUCGCUCUGGCUUCAUGCUGGUGGGAAACCCUACCAGAACUUGCCAGCCUAACGGCCUCUGGACCCCAAAACCUACCUGCCUCAGAAUGUGUCACCGGGGACGCAUUGAAGUCAGUGAGAGGGAACUAAAUGGGACGUGCAACUCCACCUGCACAUAUAAGAGCUACUUCGGCCCACCCAAACAAGGCUGCACUCGGAUAGACAACUGUAAGAAGAAGGAGACUGGCUGGAAGCGCUUCUUUGCACAGUGUGUCCCUUGCAUUUGUGACUGUGCUUUAUCAUGUGCAUCUACGGGCUAAAUCAUGGAGACAGCUCUAUGUUGACUGUACAGUGAGACAUCAGAUGAAGAAGAAAUACACAGGCAGCUUGUACACCGCAGAGCUACGCUGUGUUUUUGCUUCUUUAUCCAAUUGUGGGGACAAAUGAGCGGACCGAAAUCUGGAUGUUUUAAGACAUUAAUAUAAUCUCUCUGGCACAGCGCACUGAAGCCAACGAUUUCUGCUGGGUCUCUAUAUAUGGAUUUUACACUAUGACAAGAAGAUUUCAGUGCCUGAGGUCCAAAUCCCUCUCCGAGUCGGUGGUGAAUUAUAAGCAAAGCAGAAGUGCUUAAUUCAGUUAAUCUGUGUGAUGUAAGGUGGCAAAAGGGUCAGAGGAGAAGAGUGAGGGGAAUUUUAAAACAGUCUCAGAGGCAGUGUCAGACUUGGGUCAAAUAAUUAUUUGAAAUACUUAGAAUAAAAAGUUUACCUAAAGUGCCAGAUGGUAUGUUUUUUUUGUUUGUUUUUUUAACAAGAUGCUAAUUUUAGGUAGAAAAAUGGCAGUAUUUGGUAACUGACAGCACUCCCUGUUUGUCUGAAUUAAAUGACGACUUCACCCUCCAAAUGGUUAUUUGUAUAUUUAUUACUCACCUGUUCAAAGAGCUUCACAAAGAGCAUUGACAAAGCCUCAGAUCUCCAUCAGUUCAGUUUUUGGAUUCUUCGUUCACCGCGGAGGCAUGCGAGACAAACGCUUUCUUCCCAAAUACCUGUUUGAGUUUGUGAUUGGAUGUUUUGAUAUAGUUUUGCUGUUCUAAAAACGUU